GCACGCGCACUUGAGCCAUGACAAUUGUUGAUAAUCAACUGGAGUUAUUUUUUUCCUUUAGAGUAAAAUAAUUUCAAGCCCGGCCCUUCCCCCAGGGGGGCUCUUGGACCAUACCACAACGUACAUAAGGUACCGACUUGCAUGAAGGGCUAAUGGAAAACCCAAGGGAUAUGGCUGAGCACACUCCCCGCUCAGAGCGGAAGAGGAGAGAUUCGUUCGGGAUGUUUGACGGGUAUGACAGCUGCAGUGAAGACAGCAGUAGCAGCUCCAGCUCAGAGGACAGUGAGGAUGAAGUCCCCAGCAUCCCCGCCAGCCUGCCAAUCAUCAAAAACAACGGCCAGGUGUACACCUAUCCUGAUGGAAAAGCAGGCAUGGCAACCUGUGAGAUGUGUGGUAUGGUUGGUGUACGAGAUGCUUUCUACUCUAAAACAAAGAGAUUCUGCAGUGUAUCCUGCUCUAGAAGCUAUUCCUCCAAUUCUAAAAAGGCCAGUAUACUGGCAAGACUUCAGGGUAAACCACCUACGAAAAAGGCAAAAGUCUUACAGAAACAGCCGUUAAUGGCAAAGUUGGCAGCUUAUGCACAGUAUCAAGCAAAUCAACAGAACCAAGCUAAAUCAAAAUCAGUGGUUCCUGUUGAAGGCUUUGACUGGGGCCAGUACAUUUGUAGCAAUAAUCUUGUUGGGGCACCAGUCAGCUGUUUCAAACAUGUGCCCAUGGGUAUGUGCUGGGGUGACAUAGCAGAGGGAGUGAGGGUGGAGGUCCUCAAUUCUGACACAAACCUCUCCACAAAAGUUUACUGGGUAGCAGGGAUUGUCAAACUGGCAGGAUUUAAAGGUCUCCUGCGCUAUGAGGGUUUUGAUAAUGACUCAAGCAAAGACUUCUGGUGUAAUCUGUGUAUCCCCGAGGUUCACCCUGUUGGAUGGUGUGCUUCUAGUGGAAAGCCACUGGUGCCUCCGAAAUCCAUCCACCAUAAGUAUUCUAACUGGAAAGCGUUUCUCGUGAAACGACUCACUGGAGCCAAAACACUUCCACCAGAUUUCGCCACAAAGGUUCAGGAGAACAUGCAGUACCCAUUUAAGAAACUGAUGCGUGUGGAAGUUGUGGAUAAGACCCACCUGUGUCGAACUCGCGUGGCCCUGGUGGAACAGGUGAUUGGUGGACGUUUGCGCCUGGUGUAUGAGGAGAGCCAGGACGGCACUGAUGACUUCUGGUGUCACAUGUACAGCCCACUCAUCCACUCCAUUGGCUGGUCACGUAGCAUUGGACACCGUUUCAAAAGAUCUGAGGUGACAAAGAAAAUGGAGGGUCAGAUGGAUGCUCCCUCACAGUUGUUUCUUAAGAUUAAGGAUGUGGAUCAGAGUGGGGAAUGGUUUAAAGAUGGAAUGAAGUUAGAGGCAAUAGACCCUCUAAAUCUCUCUGCUAUAUGUGUUGCUACUGUAAGAAAGGUGUUGGCAGAUGGGUACCUAAUGAUCGGGAUUGAUGGUUCUGAGGCUGCUGAUGGGUCAGACUGGUUCUGCUACCAUUCAACCUCUCCCUCCAUCUUCCCAGUCGGGUUCUGUGAAAUCAACAACAUCCAACACACACCCCCCACAGGGUACACCAAACUCCCUUUCAAAUGGUUUGACUACCUCAGAGAAAUGAGUUCAAUUGCAGCCCCUGUGAAGCUCUUUAACAAAGAAGUACCGAAUCACGGCUUCCGUAUAGGGAUGAAGCUGGAGGCAGUGGACCUGAUGGAGCCGCGUCUGGUGUGUGUCGCCACAGUAACCAGGAUCGUCCACAGACUCCUGCGCAUUCAUUUUGACGGCUGGGAGGAUGAGUACGAUCAGUGGGUGGACUGUGAGUCUCCAGAUCUCUACCCUGUAGGCUGGUGCCAACUGACUGGCUAUCAGCUGCAGCCGCCUGCCACGCAGACCACAAGAGAAGCACCGCCAAAUGUCUCGAAACAGAAAAAGAAGACUGCACAGUAUAAAGGACAAAAGAAAAAGGCCUCACUGCAGUUGAAAGAAGAGACUCCUGAGAUGGACGAGUUCACCUUCUCGCAGGGAAUUUCAGACCAGGAGAGCAACGGCUCAGGCAGUUACUACAUCAGACAGGAGCCCUGAGCAGCAUCAGCCAUCACAGAGCCUCACCUCACUGCCAACAGCACUGGAAAAAUCCCACUCGGAGCGAUGCACACGAGGCCUGGAAGAAGACACAGUGGCUUCCCCUCACACCAGGUCUCUCUCUCUUUUUUUGUUUUUUUUCCUUCCCCUUUUCAGGUUUGAAACGCUUGAAGAAAGGACUUCUCAGUCUUUGAUCUGAGAGAGAAGGGUGUGUAUACGAGGGGAUUUUGAUUGAAUAGGGAUACUGUUUUUUUUCUUUCUUUUUUUUUUUUUGUGCUGAAUUUUCCUCCAAUGGACUUUUUCUCCUCAGUGUUCAUUGUACUUGAAGUUUUCUUCACUUUUUUUCAGUCUUUAUAUCCCCUUUUGGUGAGAAGAAAAAAAAAAGUUUUGGGGGGUAAGAUUUCAGUACCUUGUGUGUUUCUCGCGCUGUUUCAUUUGUUCUGGAUGGGUGUGCAUUUGGUAAGAGUAGUAAAAAUCUAUAUCGAGACAGUAUAUUCAUAUAUGUAUGACAUUCAUAUUAAACACACACAUAUAUAAAUAUUUAAACGUAUAAAUAUAGUAGUGAAAUGAGGGAUGAUGGUAUUGAAAUCAAACCUUACUGGUAUGAAGAGUAGACUAAGGGAAAACACUCACCAUUUGCACUACAGGGAUAAAAAAAUGUUUUGGCCUGUAAAACGAUAGUAAAAACUUGCAGCUUUAUUGUAUUAUGUGAUUAACAAACAUAAUUAUAGAAGUGGGAUGUGCUCAAGUCAAAGUGAAUAUUGUGAUAUAAAAAAAAAAGUUAUUUGACGCCAAUGUUUAUGGUUUUAAUUUGUUCUAAAGAGCCAUUUUUAUACGGGCGGUCAGAGUAUUUUAUGAGCCGUCGAUUAAACCGUAAGCAAUCACUGCUACCUGAACACUACCUUCCUGUCAUCCUUGAUGUUGACGGCACAGCAGAGGUAGACUUUCUAGUAGUAUCGCGAGUCUCUGAACAAUACAGCGCCAGCUUGUUUGUUUACCAGCCUCUUUGUUCGUGCAUCUGCGAGAGAUCGCAUCACAUCCCAUGCAUUUUUCUGAACUCACAGCAUUCAUUCCAGAAGAAAACCAUUUUUACUACCUCUAAAACAAAGGGUGAUUUUUGAAAUGCGCAGGUUGAGGAUUCACGUGGUUCCUCGGCCUCGCUAAGGUUGCAAUAGGUAGUUUUCAUGCUCCAUUUGAAAGGGUAUAUUCAUUAUAUUUUAUGCAAAUGGCAACUAUCCACACUUGGACACAUGGCUUAUUUCACUUUAAAAGUCUACACAUCAUUUAUAUUUGUAUCAUAGCCUGUUAUCAACAGAGUUCUUGAAAUGGAAAAGAAAGUUAUGCAAUAAUAAUGUCUGUUGUUUUAUGAUGUCUUACUCUGAAAACAGCUCAUAAAUAUAUAGAUUAGAAACAUUCUAUAGACUAAAAACAAAAUAUUCUUACAAUAUAUUGACAAAACUGUGACAAUUUUCUAAGAGCUAGACUUGAGCUUUCCCUCUUAUAGAUUGUUCUGAGUGUAAAUAACCUUUAUAACAUCCUAUAGAAUCAACCAAUAUAACAUUUGCAUAGUGGUUUAUCUUAGUAUAACUAUAAGCUCUAUUCAAUACCAGUAAGGUUGUUGGUGAACUCUCAGGAAACGUAUCUCAUCGACUUCUGCUUUAUUUGAAAGUUUGCGGCUAUGGCUUCUAAGAUCAUCCGAUUCUUCUCUGUUUCCAAUAUUUUCAAUAUCCUGACAAAUGUGACCAUGUCGUUGUUUUCCUCUGGUUCAUCUUUGCUUGCAUUCAUCAAAUGCUGAGUACAUUUUGUAAAUGGUCACCCACAUGUUGUAGUUAGGUCCAUGUUAAAUUAUGGUUUGUUGUAUAAAGAUCCAAUGUAUUUUUUUUUUUUAACAGGUGUUGUUUUUUUUUUCUUUUUUCUCUCUCUCUAUUGUUGGGUUUUAGCAGAUGUUUGUAUUAAAUUGGUUUAUUUUUGUAGUCAUUUUUGGGUUUCUUCAGUAGCUGUUGUGUUGUAAGCAUGUGCAGUUUUCCAAAUGUAAGGCACUGUCGUGUAUUUAAUUUGUAAACGUCAAACUGGGACUUCAUGGCUACAUUUUACAUCAGCAACCACAUCAAUAUUGUCAAUUUCAUACUUAUUCCUUCAUUGCUUAUUCUUUAUGCAAACUUUGCAUUAUUUUCCGUGCCAUUGAUUUUCCUCAUAAACCCCAUCCAUAGCAUCAGGAUUUAGGUACACACUGGUUACGAUCCAUGCUUGUCAGCUAAUUUUUUUUUUGUAUCAUUAUUAUAAUAACAAGACCAAAAUCUCAAUCAUUUGCGAUUCAAAUAUGACUGUUGAGGCAAAUUUAGCUGCUACCCUCAAAUGAAUUUAAGCCCUAACGCACAACUUCACCUUUUUGAGUAAACUCUAUCGUCAGCAGAAUUGAUGCCUUAUCCUCGGUUAUGUUUUUUCUCUACACAAGUAAAGCUAUUUGAGUCAAACAUAGAGAAGCAGAAUACAAAAUAUAAAGAAAAAGAUGUUGUCCAGUAGAGUGAUUAUCAGUGCAUGCAGCAAUGUGAGAAUCUUAUGAGGGCCAGUGUUGUUCUGGUCUCAAUACUAACACGGGUUUUUGUGACGUUCCCUCUGUCCUCAGUAAUCACAUCAUGGUGCUAUAUAUAUAUAUAUAUAUAUAUUUGAUAAAUCAUUCGUUAGGUCUAUUAAAAGAAUUAAGUCUGUAAUUAUAAGUUGGAGAGCUGGUGAUUAUAACUUCAGAUCUGUAUUUUGGAUACAAGUAGCCGAAAUCAUUUGUUUAUAACGAUGAAAAAAAUAAAAAAAUAAAGAACUAACAUUGACCCUCAUAGUACAUAGAGGUGAGGGUGGUGGGUUUGUAACUUUUUUUUGAUAGAGUCUGUAUCUGGUCUUUGCUUUAUUUCUGAUGAUGAUGAUGAUGUGUGUUGUGAUAUGGGGUUUGAUAGCUUAUAUGUAUAUAGUUCAGCUGUGGGGGGAAGCUUUUGUUGGUUGAAUUUUAUGUUAAUUUGUUUACAAGCAUUUCAAACUGUUUCCGCAUGGCUGUGAAAAUGUAUCUGUUGAAUUAAAAAAAAAAAGAAAAAAAAGAAAUUUUUACACUGAAUUAAAAAGGAUACUAAACAUUUA